AGGGGGCGAUUGCUGCCUGAGUGCUGCGGCACAGGACGGGCACGUGCCGGGCUCGGCAGCACGGCUAGCAGAGUUCUCUCAGCUGAGGCGGGUAGGAAGGGAACACGCGACGUGCCCUUUAUUCUAAGUCGUUCAGGUUUUGUGUUUUUCUCACUAGUUUGUCAGUGUGGAACGGCCACCGAGCCUGUUGGGCCAGGCUUUUAUUGCACUUCGGACGGUUUUCUACCUAUCUAGCUAUUGAGAUCGAAUUGGUAGUUCUCAACACCUGGAGCUGGGCUAUCGCUUGAUGCUUUGAGGGAGAAGUGGCACAGAGCUGGAUGCAGAGUGAUUCUCACUCUGGCUAUGAGCAGAUUUAUUUUGAUGGGAAGAACGUGAGGAAAAUGGCCUGUUACAAGUUACUCUCUGAAAGCAGGCUUUCUCAUCUAGCUCUGUAAGUAGCUUGGCUUUAUUUCUGUAGCUGGAUUUGUGUUGGAAGACCCUGGGUCUGUGGGCACACAAUAGUCUAACUCGAAAGAAUCCAAAGCAGAAUGGGAAAUUUGUGUCCUACUUGCUCCAGGCAUUGCAGGUAUAAUGGUUUUUUGUGUUGUUCUUCUUGGACAAAUGUCCACUUCAGCUAUUUUUGCACAUAUUUGUAAAAUUUCUUCCAAGCUGUAUGUGCUUUGGUUCCAUAGGAAACAGUCAUGCGACUGUAAAUCUCAGAAGUUGGAAAGAGCUAGUCUGAAGGAUGUGAUCUUCAUGGUGAACUGGUGUGAGAACUGAGUUGUAAAUCACCCCAAUGGAUGCAGACAGUGAUGUUGCAUUGGACAUUUUAAUCACAAAUGUAGUGUGUGUUUUUAGAACAAGAUGUCAUUUAAACUUGAGAAAGAUUGCAUUAGAGGGAGCAAAUGUGAUAUACAAGCGUGAUGUUGGGAAAGUAUUAAUGAAACUUAGAAAGCCUAGGAUUACAGCCACAAUUUGGUCCUCAGGAAAAGUUAUUUGCACAGGAGCCACAAGUGAAGAAGAAGCUAAAUUUGGUGCCAGACGAUUAGCUCGUUGUCUACAGAAACUAGGUUUUCAGGUAAUUUUCACAGAUUUUAAAGUUGUGAAUGUUUUAGCAGUGUGCAACAUGCCCUUUGAGAUCAGAUUGCCAGAAUUUACGAAGAAUAACAGACCUCAUGCUAGUUAUGAACCAGAACUUCAUCCUGCUGUGUGCUACAGAAUAAAAACUCUCAGAGCUACCUUACAGAUUUUUUCAACUGGCAGUAUCACAGUUACAGGGCCAAACGUAAAGGCUGUCGCCAGUGCUGUGGAGCAGAUUUACCCCUUCGUGUUUGAAAGCAGAAAAUAAGUUUUAUAACUCACCACUUGAUGGUUAGGUUCCCUAACCAAGCACCUUUAAAGACUGCUGCACAUUGGACUAAAAGCAAAAAGGAAAACUGGACCAACUAUAGUAGAGGAAUACAGAACUUUUUUCUUGUUCAUGGCCACAGUAUAAACUCCAGUCCUUUUGGAUUUUACUCUUAACAGUGCUGUAUUGUAAAAACAGAAGUUUACAAGAUAUGAAAUUGCUGCUUUUAAAAAGACAUUCUAUUUAUUUUUGCAGUAAUUUCUGUGUAUUCAUAAGCAAAGCUGUCACGAUGUGCACUACCUUAAAAACUUUUUUUUUUAGUUUGAGCUUGUGUUUUAUUUGUGAAUAGUCUUUUACAUUUUUGUAUGCUGAAUAUUGGGCACCAAAGAAGCUGUAAAAGUUAUCUUUUUCACCUGAUGAAUGUGCACAAAUAAAAGUUUGGAAAAUAUUUCUCUUCAUACCUGUUCUGUUAUAUUCCUUUCCUUUUUCUAUUACAUUAAAAUUGUAUAGUUGCAAAUUAAUUUGAAACAAUGUAAGAUAGUCUUUUGCUGAUAGCUUCUGUUUCUAUUUGUAGUAUGUGUAAAAUUUUGUGUGUGGGUUAGAUCAAAAUCUAUAGUAGUUACAUAUGUUUAUCUGAGGAUGAAAUUUGGUUUGUUCCCAGUUCGCUUAACUACAUGCCAGAUCAAGUAUUUUCUUGCUGUUAAAAGACGACAUUUCUAAAUAAUUGAAGUCUACAACUGGUGUUUUGCUGUAGAUGUUGAGGAAAUCUUACAACUAAAGAAGCUACCAUAGAAAAAUCAACCACCUUGUUCACUUACUGGAUACAAAAGGAAACAAAAGUUACCAUGUGAGCUUCAGUGUUCUGGAAAGCAUUGUUACCCUUGGACUCAAGGAGACUAAUCCAGUCCCUGCCUAUUGCUUGAUGACAAACAUAGGCCUUUCCUACACUCAAGUUACUGUAUAAUAUUUUCAUGACAGGAGGCUGCCAACAAGCAAUGAAGCUUGAUUCUGGCAUGUAUUAUUAUAGGUAUGAAUCUUGGACAUGGAAGCCAGUAGAUGUUUCAAUAAGUGCACAUUUGAAACAAAAGAGAGGUGAAUGCUUAAAAGAAACUGCAAAUGCUACUUUUAAAAAAUUAAAAUAAAUAUGUAUAAAUGUA